CAACUUCCAUCUUAACCACUAAGCCAACUGAUGAACCUAAUAGUUAGUAUUUUCUACAAGGAAAAAGAAAGGAGAAGGCUAAAUUCUGCCUCUAGAAUGCACGCGGUCACUAUAGCAAUGAGACUUCUUAGGUCCACUUCAUAGCUGAACACCUAUUAUUGUGGGAAUCUAGUUUUUCUGUUUUGCUGCAAGUGCAGGCGAUUUUUUUUUGUCAAGAGUCUGCAGGAAAGGGAUCACAGCAUUCCGUCUCUAUCUGAAUAUUUGAAAAACAGCCCCAUGGAUUAUUGCUUUGGUUCCAACUUGAUGCUGUGUGGAUCACUCUCUAAACUUGGGAUUUCAUCAUAAUAGCCUGACUGAUCAAUUUGCGCGACAGAUUUCUUAUUCCUGUAGUUUUUCUGUAAAGCCUGCUUGGAACCAUCUUCAUGCAGGAGAUUUAAAGGUAUUCUGAUAUGGGCUAGUUUGAGAGAGGUUGUCAAGUUUCUGCAAGCUGUUUGCCAAUGAGAGCUCUAAUCAUUUGCUUUCCUGUUGCAAUUUCUCAGCAGUCGUAUGGCAGAAGAUUCCAGUGGUCAAGAUUCAAGAGAACAUAUGGCGAAAAGCUUCGUCACCGUCACUUCUCCGUCAGAAGAUUCACCAUCGUCGUCUUCUUCCCUAACGGUCUCCAAAGGCGUUGUUGAUAAAAUUCACGGCUUUUUCACUGACGUAGGAGUCACUUCCUGUAUCCCAAAAAACAAGCAAUCAGAGGAUUUCUAUUCCAAUAUAUUGAGUAAUCUUCUCAAGGCGGAUCACGUCCAGAGCGGCCGAAUUUCGUGCAGUUUCUCUGUUUUACCCUUUGUUGCAAAUUAUUUUGGUGGACUGCAUGGAGGGGCUCUUGCGGCUAUAGCUGAGAGAGUGGCAAUAGCUUGUGCCAGAACUGUUGUAGCUGAGGAUAAGGAAAUAUUUCUCGGCGAAUUGAGUCUCUCUUAUCUCUCUGCUGCCCCAAAAAAUGAGGAGUUGGUGGUUGAUUCAUCAGUACUGAGGAGUGGGAAAAAUUUGACUGUAGUUGCAAUGGAGUUUAAAAUCAAGAAAACUGGGAAGUUAGCCUUCACAGCUCGUGCUACAUUCUAUAACAUGCCUGUCGCCAAGUUAUGAAGUUCUCUUGGUUUGUGAUUAUAUCCUAUGCCUUGCCUGUAGCCUCCUAUGCGGAAACUCUUUUCAUUUGUUUGAUUAAGGAUAUAAUCCUUGUUGCUGCAUUCUGAUAGCUUGGUGAUUCUCAGUGCUUGCAUGAUAGUUGGGAAUAGGGUAAGUAACACAUGUAUACCAAAAAAGUGAAAGAAAUAAAAUCACCCAUUUCCAGAA